GCACCAGUGUAAACCUAGGUUCCCCAACAGUGCUCGCCAGAGCUGCUUCAAACUGUUAAAAACUAAGGUAAGAUUACAUUGACUGCGUCCAGGUAGUAAUUUAAGUAAAUUUAUGAGUUUUUAGCCCAGCUUUUCAUUGUUUACUCUUAAGUUUGCUUUUUCACAUACACUUUAACGUGCCAGAGUCGUCACUAGCGUUAGCAGGAGCUACUGUCACUUGUGCAAUUUCGGUCGAAAUUAGACGUCAUUUCGACGUCCAAUUCUUACGUCUUGUGGACGUCCAAAUCGGACGUUGACAUGACGUGCAAUUUCGGUCGAAAUUGGCCGUCGAAUUCAGGUCCUCUGGAGGUGCACUGGACGUCCAAUCGACGUCUUAUUGACGAAAUUGGCCGUAGAAAUCAGGUCCUCUGGAGGUGCAGAAUGAGUUUUUUCGUGAUCUGUGCUGCGUCCGAACUGCCCGCUCGGAUACUACAUGCUACUGCUACGUGCUACUGCUAGAUCCUACUCCUAUCAAGACAGCUAUGUUUACACUCAUUCUGUUGGUUUGCAGGGAUGCACAGCAUCUUGAAAUAUAUACACUAGUGAGAGACAAAACUAUGUGUGGCAAGGGGGUGCUAUUUUAUUUAAAAAUAGAGAAUAUUGUCUCCAACCAGCAACGCCACCUGGGGACUUGCACCCCAGGAAACUGAACUUUCAAACUAAAACAGGAAGCUAAAAUAAGGAUAAAGGCAACACAGGUAAGUUCUGAAGAGGCAGAGACAGAGUUCAAAAUAUUUCAAAAUGUUUAUUAGAUAAAAAAAAUGAAGUUAAACGUAAAUAUAACAGAAAUUUAACCUAGGUGGGAAAGAAAGGGAUAAAGUUAAAACAACAUAACAAAACACAGAUAAGGGGCAAGAAAGUUAAUUUUAUUUCUAUAAUAAAAUUUAAAACAAGGCCUUCUACAAAAGUUAAAAAGUACAAUAACCCAAACUUAAACUAAAUCAAAGAAACCCAAACUAAGUUAACUUAAGAUAAGCUGAGGCCACCAGAAGGGAGGCAGACUACAGAGGGAAAGUGCAGGGGGUGCUCCCUUAUACUCACCAAGUGAAGCACAGCACACACACUGCAAACCUUCAACAAAAGAAACAAAAUCGGUGUAGUCUUGUGACCCGGUGUCAAACUCAUGCAAAGGUGGAGGGCCCUCACCCGGGGUGCCUAGCCUCCCAAACUAGUGGGCUCAACCUCUGAAAUAAAAUAAAAGGAUUAACCAAAGAAACAAACAAACAACCCAGCGAACCCAGUUGGUAAAACUAGAGGGAACUAAGGAGAAAAGCAACUAAGGGUAACUAAGAACAGAAUGCAAACUAAUGGGGGAGUAACUAUGUAAAACAACCAAACUUAGAAGUAGAAACAAACCAAGUAAGGGGGGAAACCAAUCAAAAGGGCAGAAACAAUCAAAGUAAACAGGCAAAAAUAACUACAAUUAAUGGGGGCAACAAAACAGCAGCAGGUCUACCACCUACAAACAAAAAGGACAUGCUGUUAAAACCAAUCAUAAAACUCUAAAGAUUAAAAAGUUACCAGCCACCCUACUCACCAGCACUCUGAGCAGAUCAUCGAUAGCUAUGUUUACACUCAUUCUGUUGGUUUGCAGGGAUGCACAGCAUCUUGAAAUAUAUACACUAGUGAGAGACAAAACUAUGAUUGCCUUGAUGUAGUGAUCUGAAAUAUGAAAAACGGCUCAUCUUACCCCACUCUCCCCUUCAGCUCUGAAGUAUUUAUUCCCCAGUAUUACUGUAUUAGCUACAUGUUGCUGUCGACCUUUAAAAAUCAAACUUUACUACAUAUUAUACUAUCAUUCAUUCAUAAUGCUUUUUCUUCUCUAUGGGUGUGUCUCUGUAGUAUCUAAUGUAAGAAACAGUAACCUACAGUGUCUAGGCAACACCAUUUCUCUACAACAGCACUUCUCUCAGUACCAAAUGUAUGUCUGAGUGUCUAUACCUGUAAAAAUAUAUGUGUGAACUCUUCUAAAACACUGAAAAAACUUGUAAAUUAAAAACUCUUUCCUUCUUGUCCCCCUUUAGUAAUCUUGAAUGAAGACCAGGAUGUCGAGGUGUAGCACAAAAAGUACCCCAGAACCAGAAGUGCUGGGAGCUUGCAAAACAGAAACUCCAAGAGGGGAAACGCUGACUCUCCAGCUGUCCGUUUCAGCACAGGUAGGCUCUUAGUGUGAAGUUAGAUUUUGUAUUCAGUGAACAACAAAAGUAUGAUAUGCCAUUUUUAAGCAAAAUUAACUCUGAAGUGUGGACUACCCAAUGUGAAGUUAGACCAGGUUUAUUCAUUGUGUCCAAAAGUCUUUAAGGAGACAGAGCUCUCACCUUUUACUCUGCUAAUGACAUUAUUAUACAUUUUUUAAAAUUAAUACAUAGAUUUUCUAAACAUUUAAUUUCAUGUUGUGACUUCUCUUACCUCCUAGCUUCCACAGGGCACAAACUGCCUUGCGUGCUCUGAAGACGGCAUGUAUCUCAGCCUAGGUCAUUCCCGAGGUUUGUCUGUGUGGUGUGCUUCUUCUCUCAGCUGUGUGGCUGAGUGGCUGCAGGACACCCUGGAGAUCACAAACAUUCAGAUGUGCAGAAUGGCUGAAGCAGUCUAUCUGCUCAGCACUGUCGAUGACAUGGGUGGGUAACAUGCAUAUACUGUAUUUUAUAUAACCAGGAACCCUUGCUUUCCUUGCUUGAAACCAAAAACCUAUAAGCUUGUAAAAUGAAACCACAAGAGAUUUCUAGAAAAUGUUGAAACAGCGAGGAAAAACUAGCCCAUCAUUCCAGUUAUCAUCUCCUACUUCAGGUGUUGCCAGAGUCUUCAUAUACCACUCUGAAAGAAUUCACCUGCUCAGUGUUAUUAACGUCAUGGUAGGUAUUUUCAGUGUUUUGUUUGUUUAUUUUCGGCACUGGAUUUGUGUAACAUAAAAAAACACUGCAUUAAUCUAAACUGUUCCUUUCACUUUGACAAGAUGACUUUACAUGUUUGUGAAAAGAAUACUUUAAUUGGUCUGUCAUUUUUAUUGUUAUUUAUUUUUUUAUCAAUCUUUGGCGGAAAAGUAAAUGAAACCUUUAAAAUCUCUUUAUACUAGGAAAAUGUGAAUAAAAGGAGCAUCUGUUUGGCUUUUGAGCUGUCUGAAGGUGGGCUUUAUGGAGUUGCAUCACUAAAGUGUAAGUUAGUAUUUUACUUUAUGUUUCUGUUUUUUAACACAUUUAGUAACUUUAUGAAAGACUUCAACUUCAAAUACCAUUUCUUCACAUUUCCUAUCAGGCAGUGGUGAUGUUUGGCUUGAGAUCUAUCACUUCCCCACACAAGCAUGGCUGAAGGAGUUGGAGAAGGAAUCAUCAAAUAACCAGGUGAUAACUGUAAGGCUGGUUUACCAUUGGUGCAACAUUUUUGACAAUUUAGAAAUGAGAAAAUCUAAAUAUCAGAGGGUACGGAGUAAGGACUAAUGCUCACAGAAGCUUGGACUGGAAGCUGAUUAAGAAAAGCUCUUGCAUGCCUGGUUUUUGGUUUGACUAUAUUGAGUCUUUUGAAUUGCUGCCAGCAUUAUUAUGGUCAAUAGAGUAUGACUUUAAAUACUGUGUAAUGUAGUAAAAUAUUUUAAGCACUUGGAUUGUUUUUUUAAUCUCCAGGACCAAAACUUGUCUGGAAAUGUGGAUUUAAAAUGGUCUCCAGUUGAAGUCAGUAAAAUCAAGCCACCCAAAACUCCAGCAGGUAUAAAAUUUAUACAGAGCAAAAGUGUUUUCUAUAGUUUGAUUAAAAUUACACAGGACAGUAUAGUUCUCGUUUGUGUAGUCAUUUAUGUAGAAGUUUCUGUGCAGGGGUGCUUACACCUGUUACAAGCAGACUUCCAGCAUUUUUCCUCCUGUUUUACAGGGCUGACAUUGCAGAGUCCUGAUAAGGUUUUGAAUAAGACUGACUUUUACAUGCACUGCCUGUCCCUGGACAUAGAAACAGAAGGACGGCCUUUCAGUGAGCAAUCGGGAAAAACAAAUGCAGCAAAUGGUAGCUACAGGUAAAUUUAAAUGACAUCAUGCCAUAGCUGAGCUACUGAUAACAGCUCUGUUACUUUUAUGUGCUAUGAUAAACUAAUUUACAUUCAAAAUUUAAAUCCAUGACAUAUUUGAUUGUUUUUGCUUCCAUACAUCCGCACUAAUGAAAACUAAUAUAUGAAAAUUAAAUUAUAAAUUAUUUAAGUCACCAGAUCUAAAAAUAAAAAUGCUGAAGCUGUUUUUUAAUUUCUCAUUUUAGCCUCACUGAAUUUUUUUACAGACAUUGCACUCACCACUUUCUCUUGCCAUGUGGUCAGUUUCCUGGUGACAACAAAACAAACUCUAAUCGAGGUAUGUGAUUGAAGAGGAAAGGUUUCUUUAAAAAAUGUUAAAAUACUGGUUCUUGUUGAGCCUUUUGUUACUUUGAGAAAACAUCAGAUUAAAGAGAAAACUUUUACUGUGUCAGCUGAUCUCUAUCGAUUUGAUCUUGUUCUUCCCUGAUGCAACUGUGCACAAGUUUGCCCCGCCUGUACUUCAUUAAUGUCAUCCUAAAUCCCUGAUUCUUCCUCCGCAGGAUCACCUGUUGCUGUCUGUGUUUGGUGGAGUGGCAGCCAUAAUCUACUUCAAUACUCACUUAAGAAUAAACCAGGUAGGGUAUGUAUGUUUUUUAGAGGUGAAUCCAAACCACUGUAAAAUACUGCUUAUACUCAAACGUAUUGCUUUUUUAAGGGCAAUCAAUGAGGCUUUUCAUCAUUACUUUUUCAACAUAUACAUAUCGUUGUUCUGUUAGAUGGUCAGGCCUCAGAGUGCUCUGAUAACCAGGAUUUCUUUACUUUCCUCAUAUAGUCAUAAAACCCUGUGAUAUACACAGAGCCUUCUACUCUAUCUUUGUACUGCUCCACUCAGGUGUACUUUUCACAUUUAGGUUUCAAGUGGUGUCAACGGAUGCUAGGAUACUUAGCAUGUUACAUGCUGAUAUUGAAGCCUAAUUUAGGUAAUGUAAUGCAUUUACCAAUACUUUGGUAAAUGCAUUAUAUGAUGCAUUAUAAGAUGUUUAAUUUGUCAUCACAUAAUGAAGGCAAGAAGAACUCUUGACAACCCUCACCACAUGAAGGGUUCACAGAGGUAAUAACCCAAUGCAACCUUAACCCUAACCCUAUCCUACAGGCAGGUUUGGUAUUGCUUACCAGUUGAAUACUUCCAUAAAAAUUUAAGGCCAGUAUUGAGCACUUGAAUUUCCUCAGUCAACUGUUUCUUUUUUUUUUUAAGCAAAAAACAUGUUUUUGAUCAUUACGCUUUUACUUUUGAAGCAGAUGUUGAACCCAUCCCUGAUAUGAUAUGGCCAAAUGCACAGGAAAUCCUCUGCUCCGCUGUUAGCACAUGCACCCGUUUCAUCGCUGUUGGGCUUAAGGGUGCCAUGCUGUGUGUCUGGGAUAGGCAAUCUGGUAAGGUACUUUACAGCCACACAUUACUUUGAGCUGGAUCUUGUGUUGACAAAUAUUUGCAUAGUCUCUAAGUUUUGUAGUCCUGAUGAUGAUGGUCAAUUUGCUUGCGGAGGGAGAUAAAACACCUUAGUUUGUGCAUGUGAGCCACUUACACGCUGACAGUUGUUUGUGCUUGUUAAGUAAAUGAAAUAAUCAGUGUUAAAGUUUAAUUCUCCCACUUUGCAUUUCUUCUCUCUCCCUCAGGGGCUCCAUUAGCUGUUGUCGUAGUUUCAGCAGCAGAUGUGUUCUCCAAAGUGCAAUUUUUAGAUGAUGGGCCAGAGUCUGCUGAUGAUUGUCAGUCGUUAACUGCAGCAGAGGUUUCUCUUCUGCUGGUUUGUAAAAGCGGCAUUAUUCAUAGAGUCUCGGUAGGACGAGGAAAACAACCCUUCACAGUUCAGCUCACUGAAAGGUUACCUGAGUUUAAAGUUUCCAUUCUUAACAUGGGCAACUUUUUCUAUCUAAUGAAUUGUUAUGUGGUUGUCUUCUAAAGAAACAUUUUCACACCUUUUUUCCCUCAUUCACUCAGGCCAAAAGACAAUAGGGACCUAAUAACCGUCACAGCCUCAGUACCGUUCCUGCAGGGUUUGGUAAAAACAACACAGAUGAUUGCAAAAAUGUUAAUUUCCUUCUGGAAAAUGAUUUUCUAUCAUAACCACAGUAUGAUUACCCUCAAAUCUUUUAUGUCUCUUUUCUGUCCUACACUAGUUGCUCAUGGUGCAGAGAAAUGGAAAAAUAGUCCUCCAAGAUGUGACCUGCCAAACUAAUGUGUGCUUCCUUAUUCCUACUGCAUCUCAUCUGAUUACUACUCCCUGCAGCCCUGUUUAUACUCUGAGCACAAAACAGCAAACUCUCUUCAUACAAGGUUUUUAUUUUUUGGCUGUUUUGCAUAAUAAGCGCUUUGAAUUUCAGGGCGCAUGAGCUCUGUUAGUUUGAAUCAUUGUGCUUUUUCAAGCCUACAAUUUCCUUGAACUAGGUCAUGGGAAAUCAUGCUACCAUUUCUAAAACUUGUAUGUGUUUCGCAGGUGACCCGAAGCCAAGCUGCAGUUCACUGUCUGAAGGAGAAAGCCAGAGUCAGCUUUUUACCUUCCAUUUUGGAGAUUCUGACAUCGUUAAGAAGUUUAUUAUUUCCCUCCCAGAUUCUUCACAACUACAAACUGUGAGCUGUGUCAACCUGGAAGAAAGCUGCAACCUCUACCUUGAGCAAAGGUAGAGAAAGACUCUUUUUUUUCUCAGUUCUUUUCCUCUCAGGGUUACAGACUUUACCGAUACAGACAUACAGAAGCUUUGCAUAUGUGUUACCCAAUCAUUUUUGCAGAUUUAGCUGAGUCCGAUGUUACAGACUUCUGUCCCAAGCAGAAUUUUACAGUUAGUGAGUGUAUUUUGUCUUUCAAUCUGUUUCCAUUUGAAGGGCGCUGUCUGUGGAUGAGCGGCACAAAUCUGUAACAGAUACAUGGAAGAGACUUCAGGAAACUGCACUGGCAUUACAGCAAGAAUGCAGCAGAUCUGCAGCCAGCUGAAGAACUGCAGCAAAUGUUUACGACUGAAGUAAUUUUAUAUGUAGCAUCCAGCAUCCCUAUUAGACAUCUCAUUGUUCUACUGCCAUAUUGCUCUCAUGACAGCAACACAAAUGGAAAUUUCCAUUUGUGGAAUUCUUAUGUUCUGCAGGACUGGAGGACAAGGAUAAAUAGAUAUAGUUUGGGGAUAGUUUUCAGCUUGAAAAUUAGCCCUAGAAGUAUGUCUGAAUUCCAGAUUCUCAUUGGCUGUGGAGGAUGUACCAUUUAGAGUAGUGAUGAGACAACUACACUGUACGCUGUUCACCUGGUUCUGUACUGAUUAAAACAUCAUUUCCAGUUGAUUCUGUUGUGCCAAUAAAUGCAGUCAGUAUUGACUGACUCUUACAAAUCAAAGAAAAAUGAACAUCUUAAAGUCAUCAAUCUUUAAUGCGGCGAUCAAUGUGUUGAAUAUUAAGCAAACAAAUCCAAACUGAUUGUGUGCUUUAAAUAAUGAGCACAACAUACAAGGAGAUUUCAGUGAAAUUAAUAAAGACAUGGUUUUAAUUAGAGCAAACAGUAAAUGUUGAAACAAUGAAUUUUGGAGAAAGCAGUCACACAAUAUUCUAACAUUUUAUUGCUUCCUCUGAGAUUUUGAGGAUGCAUAGGUUGCAUAAAUCUGUUUCCACUAAUGAUGGUAAACCAAAGUAGGAUAAACAUAAAUCAAAUAAUUGAAGAGUAUCUCUUAAAUUAUUGUCACUUUUUUCUGAGUCAGUAAUAUUUCACAUUUACAGAUAUGACCACACACCAGCAACAUAACUUCUUAAGAUAAACUCAAAAGAGAUUAGAGGUAUGAUGCUGAUAAAUUGGUCAUGACAUUGCUGAAUAACACAUUUAGUUAUUUGUAUCUCUGGUGCUCCCGGGCUGUUUCUGAUAUGUAUUUAUAAAGAUGAGAAUAUUCAGCUUGAUGGAGGCCGGGCUGUUUUUAGUCAUGGUACGUUAAGAUUUUGUUGCCUUUGGGAUCCUUUAAUGUUUCAUAUGUCAAAUCUGUACUUUCAGAAGCUAAAAUAGGACAGGGAGCAGAGUGUGUCUUUUAAGUAGUCACGACAAACAUCUUUAAAUAAAGUUUUAAACCCUUUUAUACAUCAUACCUGGUACAAAAAAACUUCAGUAAGGGCUUUGACAGAGAAAUUUGCAUGACUUAAGUACAAAAUUUUCCAAAUAUAUCAGUCAAUAUUAAAUGAAAACAGUUACAAUAUUUGUGUUUUAUGGCCAAAUUUUGUGACACAGUAGACUAAAAUAAUUUCUUCAUGAGCACUAAGUAUCUAUGUCUCAUCAUUGCUUUGUAAAGGGACCAAGAUGAAGAUGAGCCAAGAGAUUUUAAUUUACCAGAGAGCAUAUUGUUCAUGUACAACCAAUCAGCAAAAAGCUGAUUGAGUCAUUUGUGCAUCUUCUCAUUGUUUGGCUCUGACUCAUUAAGCAAUAUUGUCUUGUAGUUUUUUCCAGCCUCCACAUGAUAAUUAAUCUGUUCUGUUUUUGUCUGUCUUUUAAUGAAAAAAAAAAAAACUGAUACAGACUUAAUUCUUAGUGAAAGCCUCAUUUAAAUGUCUACAAAGCUUCUCUGUAAAUUAAUGCCAGGGGGGCUGCAUGUCAUUGAGGGAUGAAAGUCCAGGUGAUCUAUUCAAAGAGCUUGGCAUGAGUUGCCGUCAAAAUCACAUAGUAACUGUAAUUUAAAAAAUCUUGAGAGAAAAAUAAACCAGUGAACGGUGUCUCGAGAUCAGCUGAGUAUUUUCAGAGGGAUAGACCCUCUGCUGUUAGUGUAGGCACGGCUUUUGGAGGCUUUCAUGUUAAACUCUCCUUCAUGUUUCAUGUUAAACUAUUUCUUCUUAACAGAUUCACACUUUAAAAGGCUGUCUAUGUCAUUUAUUUUUUAAAUUAACAUGUUUUCACUUUAACAUGAAAUAUGCCAAAAUCAAAAGAUUUUUUUUUCUUCCAAUUGACAUAUGAAUUUUUGUUUGUUUGUUUUAUUUUAGGAGUAAAAAGUCGAACUGAUGGCUGCUGAAAACCUCUGAAGAGGAUUAUUUAUGACACCAGAGCCAAUUCCUCACUUUAACAUGACAGUAGAAGUGUGCACUAUUUUGGCUUUUCUAAUCUUAAAUAAAUAAAGGAUGGUUUCAAUGCUGUUUCAGUUUUCACAAGUAUUUCCAAGUCCACUGGUCACUGUUGGAAAAACUCUGUCUGAUGUCAGGAAAAUUAGCUUAAAUUUACUCUCCUUUUUCUUUCCUUUCUGUUCAAAGUCAUGAACUGAAUAUUGCAAACCUUUAAAUUGUUUUGAGACAUAACACUGUUUUAAUUUUAUGGAGUUUGGGAUUAUUUUUUCUCCCAAUAUGGACCAAGCAAUCAGCAGGUGUUCAAAAAAGUGAUUACAUAUGAGAAUAUUCUUCCUAGUUUGUAUUUAUGUUGAUUUUUCACUCAGGGGUGUUAACGCAUAGAAAGUCAAACAUCAAAAUCGCUGAGGUUUUGAUCAGAUAAGGUUUGUAAAACUCAGUCUUAAAUGAUCAGGCUAAUUAGAUUAUCUGAGAAAGGCUCUGUACCUGAAUUAACCUUUCUUACAUGUUGUGAACAAAAGAGAAAGAAAAUGCAUUUUUAUUCUUAAUGUUUCAAGCUGGGGAUAAUUUAGUUUUCUGUUGUUGCAAAACAUCAAUUUAUCAUACUUCAAGGAUAAAGACCCUGAAUCAUCACUGAUGACAGGGAACCGUCUCCUCUGGGAUCUUUUGGCCUCACUCUGUCUCUCACUGCAGACACAGAAACCAGACCAGCACAGAAAUGACUUGGUAUUGCGAUGCAAAACAAAAUUGCAUCAAUAUUUCUUUUCAGAUGGGUUUUCUUGAGUGUGAACCUUUUGUACUGUCUGAAACACAUUUACAAAGACACUUCAAAUCCUGGUAGAAACAUGUAAUUUGUGAUGAUCACAGGUUACAAAUCACAGAGCACUGACCAUUUCUCCAAAACGAGAAGCUUGUCUAUUUAGUAAUGUUAUCUGUGUCUUCUCUGAAGAGCACUCUUCUCAGAUGUAAAGUUCAGCAUCUUCUGACAAAUUGCAGUCAUCUAUUUUCUUUUGGCCAAUACAACAACAAAACUAGCCAACAUUACAUGAAUCAGUCAAGUAUCACAAUGACCAAACACAUAACACAGUUAAAUUGGUUUUAACACAUUGACAGAAAUGAUUUAAGUCUCCGCCUGUACUCUCCUCAAAUAAUGCUCUCAGGGCCGGACUAGUCUGGAUCUCUCUCUGCAUCAAUAUUAAAAAAACUGCUUCUCUGUGAUGAAGACUCUGUUUUGCUGUUACUAAACAACAUGAACCUUUCCUGGCUUGGACUCACCUCCCUUUUCAUUGGCAAAGAGUUAGCAGUGAAGGACAAAGAGUUGGCAGUGUAGGACAAAGAUUCGGUUAUCACUGUGUUGUUUUCCAGCUCUGAUGACAAGGCGCUGUUGCAGUAAUACUUCCGGAGCCCCUUGCUGAAGUGAAUGGUGAAAAGGCCGUAGAUGAUGGGGUCUAGACAGGCGUUGAUGAGCCCAAAGAUAAACAGGAUAUGGGUCAGUGACUGUGAGACCUUUCCCUUCAGGUCGUCUGGAAAGAACCAGUACCAAAGACCCAGCAGGUAGUACGGCGUCCAGCAUAUAAUGAAGGACAAAACAAUCACAAUGCUCAUUUUAAGAGUUCUCAUCCGUGCUUUAGGGAUGUUAUUCUUUGACCGGCGUAGGUGUACUUCAUUUGGGAGUGCUAUGAGCAGAAUAAAGGAUGGAAAUGAAAUAUAAUUAGAAUGCUAAUGGAUGUCAGUACACAUGAAUCAUGUCAGUACAUAUGCAUGUACAAAUACAUAUAUAUGUAUUUGUUAGUUUGUUUUAAAUAUACUAUAAUAUUUCUAGCAGAUAAGUUCUUUUAUUAAGACAGAUUUUCAUCUAACUUAAGAUCUAGGUCAAGCAAAUUGAAACCAUAACAUAAAAUCACCUUUUUUUAAGUCAAAGAUCCUUUUUAUCCACUUGUUUUUAAGCAUUUUUAAACACCCAAACUGAAUUAAAGUUUAUAAUUCCUCAUCACAGCAUCUAAAUUCUAAUUGGUUGAAAUCUUGUUACAACUGAUUUCUCAACAACCUCGUGUUGCCGAGACAAUCUGAUCACAAAACAAAUGACAUAAUUAAUAUGCAGGAAGGAGCCUGGUGUAUUUCACCUCUGCUUGUUGACACCAUGGCAAAAAUGUUCCUUUCUAUUUGCUGUUUACAACAUGAUGGAUAUCUUUAUUUAUAAAACACAGAGUAAGGUCUGGACCUGCUCUCUUUGUCAAGUAUCUUGGGAUGACAUUUGCUGUGAUUUGGCGCUUUAUAAACAAAGAUUGUUCAUUCAUGGAUGUUUCUUAAAGCUAAAGAAGAUGGAACUUUCUGUGCAGCCACUUAUCCACACAAGAGCUAAUCAAUAAAAUUAUCCACACAUUUUCCAUAUCUGAACUCACAGUUGCCUUUUCCC